GUCAAAUUUGUCCUGCACACACACAACGCUGCUUACUCGAGUGGCGUUGGUGUUGUUGACAUUUGGGCUGCUGCUUGGAGCUGGCGAGACAUCAUCAUAGUAGUGCAGCCAAGGCUGAGUUGACAUUGAGUUCCCGUCAAGCGAGCUGAGCGGUGAGCUGUGAGUUGUGAGCUGGACGAUGCGGGGCGAGGAAGCGGCGCGGCAUGUGGCCCAUGUGGAGCACAAUGCUGCGAUCAAGGAGGCCCAGGAACGCCUCGAUGAACAGCUCGAAAGCAUCGAUCAGGACGUCGAUCCUCGCGGCGAGGAGAUCAAGGGGUUUGGCGGCAAGACCAUUGGCUUCUGGGGAUCAUUUUGCCUCAACCUGAACAACUGCAUGGGGCCCGCGAUGGUGCUGCUGCCACUGUUGAACCAGCAGGCCGGGUGGGUGAUGCCCACCAUCGCCCUCGCCAUCAUGUUUGUGCUCUCGUCCCUGGCUGCCACCAUGUUAUGCGAAGCCAUGCAGCGCAUCCCUGGCAACUUUACCUUUGAACACAGGUUUGAGUUUGCCACCGUGGUCAAGCACUACUACGGCAAGAGAUGGUACAUCGUGUUUCAGGUUCUCUACAACAUCUCCCUCCAGGCCUUCAACAUUGCAGCCAUGAUCAUCUCCGCUGAGGUGUUUGACAAGUUCAUCUUCAAGAUUGCCGGACACACGUAUGCCCUGCAGUAUCAGGAUUGGCCAUUCAGCUUCAUCGAGUACAGUAACGACGCUGAGCACCCCUGGUGCCGCGGGGACGUGACACAAGACGGGUGUGCCGACGAGUACUACUCGGUCAUAUCGAUCGGUUUCAUCGUGUGCAUGGCCAUCUGUAUCCCCUUUGGCUACCUCAACCUGGACGAGAACAUGUGGUUCCAGUGGCUCUCGCUCGUCGGCCUCGUUGUCUUCACCGUCGAGUUUCUCGUGCAAUUUGUCAUAAACAUGUCCGGAUCCGACAAGAUGUGUCUUCAUGAUGUCGUGUACAACGAAACAUGCAAUUACCACCCUGACAACGCUGUUGGCAACUUCACUGACAACGGAGUGCAUCGAACACCGCCAUUCCACGCAUCAGCCAGCGGCCAGGCAAACGUGAUUGGGAUGGCCGUGUUUGCGUACUCGUACGUGGUGACCAUCCCCUCGUGGGUGAACGAGAAGAAGCACCGCGUGAGUGUCAACAAGGCCGUCUGGGUCCCCGCCAUUGUGGGCCUCUUCAUGAAGGUGGUGGUCGGGCUGCUUGGCGGGUGGGCGUACUGGCUCGUAUACAACAACAAACCGCGCGAGGGAGCAGACGACAUUCUCAACAUCCUCGUCCUUCAGAACCAGCCGCAGGUGACGCAGUACUCUGCGUAUCUGUGGGACGUGACGACGCUGAUCCCGGGCAUCCCCGUGCUUGCCAUCAUGAUUCGCUACAACCUCCUCAACGGGCGCGUGUGCAACCGCUUCUGGUCGUUCUUCUGGGGCGUCGUGUUCCCGUGGAUUGUCACCAUGUUCUGCUACGAGCGCCCGCUGCUCACCACCUUCUGCAACUGGAUUGCCAUCGCCGUUCAAGGCUACAUCAACUUUGUCGUGCCGGCCCUGCUCUACCGGUCGGCCCUGCUGAGAUAUCCAGACCACUUUGAUCAAGAGGCGAUCAAAGGGGAGCCACGAUCGCGAACAGGACACUUCGUCCCGCUGCAGCGACGGAAAUCCAUGUCACGCGCACGCCGACGCGUGUCGCAGGCAAGCAUCAACGAGCGGUCAGCGCUGAUCCGCACACUCAGCACGACAUACGAGGAUGAAGAUGACCUGAUCCACGACGUUGAAGAGCACUUGGACGAAAUGCCCGUUGACGCCAUUCCACCCUACGUGUUCCUGGGUGGGCGGCUGAUCUGGCUCAACCGACUUCUCAUCACCAAUAUCAUGAUUGCGUUCUUCACCGUUCUCUCCACCGCCGCCAUCAUCCUCAACCUCACCCUCCUUUAACACACACACACACACAUAACACACACAUAACACACACACACACAAGCUGCUCGUGCAUGUGUGUGUAUGUACUCGUGUGUGCGUGUGUGUAUGCCCGUGUGUGUGUAUGCCCGUGUGUGUUUGUGUGUGUAUCCUUACCGCUCGCGCUAACAACGAAACGAACAGCGUUCACUGUUGUUGAUCUGACUCGCAUCCUUUAUUUGACAAAUUCAGAUGCCUCCCCCCCCCCCCCCCACGCUUUUAGUUUUUUGCCUUUUUGU